CCUUUGCUCUCUUUCGCGUGUAUCUGCGCGUCGAGCCUGGCAAAGGCGCUACUUCUCGAUCAUGGCCUCUAAUCGAGAGGAGCGCCGCCAAAUGCGGCAGCGCGGAGCUGCGACACGCAAGAUUAAAGAAGUCGAUUUUGGCUUCUCUUUUGGCCUGGCGCCUCCGCCCGAGGAGUCCUCGCAACCCGCGUCGCAACCCGCCAAUGUUGACAUCGCCUCCGCUCCCCCUCCACCCUUAGAAACCACCGGGGCUCCGCAACCAACACAGCCUCCGUUAUCACCUCCAGGAGAAAAUACAGUACCGCAACAAGCGACAAGUCAGCGAACGCCGGGGGGUGCGCGUAAUGCUCUUCCUCCGCGGCCCUCGACGUUCGACUUGGACGCGAACGAGGCUCCAGAACUUUCGCGGAGUGCCAAGAGGCAACGGAUUGAGCCUCCUAGCAGGAUACCGGUGGCCGCUGCCAGUGUAAACCCCGCCCAAACAGAACAGCCGACCGUGCAACCCCUCCAGAACGGUGAUAAAUCGGACGCCGUACCAGAAUCACGCGACGAACCAAAGGCGCAACCUUUGGCUGCAGAUAGAAUAUUGAGCCCAGAACAGCCGGCUCAAGAGGCGCCUCGGGCAACCCCUCCAACAGCCCCUCAAGCCCCUCAAGAAGCCCCUCAAGAACUUCCGAAAGGAGCUCCCACGCCUGCUGUUCCUGAAUUACCUGACAACCCAGCGUCCGGUCAGGAGAACCAGAACGAAAGGACAACCGAAAAUAAUGAUAAGUCAAGGAGUCCAUCGUCUCGAAAUGGGUCGCUCAGACCGAACGGGACGAAAUCUCCGCCCGGCGAUAAGACGAGGAGUAAGCGCAAGCGAAGAAGUACCAGCGCCGAUGAACCCCCGGCGCAGGAUGUCACGAAACCAGACACCGCCGUCGAAACUGCCCAACAAACAGAACAGGCCCCUGAACCAGAGAAACAAACCGCUGGCCCCGAAACAACUUCACCAAAGCCACAGCCUGCGAAACGCGCCCGAGGCCGACCAGCAGCUAAGGAUUCACGGAAAAAGACAACGCCUCCCGAAUCGCCAGAUGAGUCUCGAGAUGUUUCUGUGGGUGCAAAAGCUCCAACGCCCCCGCGACCGGUGCAAACACGGGGGGACCUGCCAACGGGAGACACACAGCAAACACGGACGGUGGACUUGCCUUCGGAGAACCUUCAAGGGUCCCAGAAUGCUCAGGUGAAUACGGAAGUCCCAUUGCCCCUGCGGCAGAGGCGAUCACGAAAAACACCCACCACAGAAGACUCUCAACAGACGCAGGCCUCGGAGGAUCUUCAGGAGACCCAGGAUGCUCAGGUGGAUGCGGAAGCUCCAGUACCCCCGCGGCAGAAGCGAUUACGAAAAACGCCUACGGGAGACGAUGCCCGACAAACGCAGGCUGCAGAGACACAGGCAGAAAAAGAUAUGCCCGCGACAAGAAAGGGAUCGCAACGCGAGAAACGGCCAGAUACCCGCCCAGGACCUCGCCGUUCAUCAUCUAUGCCCGCGCAUCAAGAGCCAGAAUCACAAACGACUUCCCCUGCUGAAGGCAGGCCAGAGACUACAUCGCCUCCGGCCAGAGGUAGGAGGGCUCGGGGCAAGAAUUCCAAGAGCCGCGACCCUACACCAGAAGCUCCUCGCACCACGAAGCAACGGGCAAAUAAGCAGCUUGACACCGAGACCCCCGAUGAUACUGAGCCGAAUGACACGACCAAGCGUGGAGAGCGUCAACCUCCAGCGAAGUCACAUGAGACACUCCCAGCGAAGCGCGCUGGCCGCCCCGCGAAGAGGACUCUCCAGGCCGCUGAGACUACAGAAGCUCCUCCCCGGAUUAUGAAAGACAAGAAGCGUCGACGAGAACCGGAACCGGAACUAGAAGCAGAACCAGAACCUGGGUCUGAACAGGUCCAAGAGGCGGAAGCCGAACCGGAAGCCGAACCGGAGCCCGAGCUGCCAACGGAGCCUGAGCAGCCUCCACCUACGAAGCGCAGACAGGGCAGACCGUCAUCGAAGAAAGACACCCAGCCAUCCGCACAGCCCGAAGAACCUGCUCCCGAACAACCUGCCGAGGAGCGUCCUCGGCCCGCACGGAAGCCCAGACAACCUCGUGGGGAGGCAAUCCCCGUCACUAUUCAUCGACUGGCAAAUGUGGCCACACUUGGAGGUGACACCGGGUCCCAAGGUGCAUCCGACGGAGAGGGAUCAGGUGACGAGCUCUCCACGCGCCAGAAAAUGAAGCUCCCAAGCAGGGGUGGCGUGAACGCAGCGGACGUGCUCAGCCAAAUUUGCCGAGAGACAUUGGAGAAAACCAUUGCGACACUCAGCACCGGAAUUGCCAACGAAGGCAACGCGUCGCGACGCUCGGAAUGGAUGCACAAGCGGAAGGCCGUCGAAGCAUACGGCUCAGAGCUCGAGGGCCGUCUCCUCGAGCUGAGCGACAUGCUCGACGGCAAUUUCACCCUGGGCACGCAGCUCAAACGAGCCAAGCGAGAGAUGAUCGACAUGCGGAGUCGGCUCUACCACCUCCGGGCGCAGCGGGAAGAUGUCGCCUUGCGUAUGGACGCCGUGCGCAAGAAGCACUCCGAGGAAGAAAGCGCAAACACCACCCGCUCCGCCAUCAACAACUCCCUCCACAGCCUCGACCUAGCCCUCGAGCGCAGCCAGAACCGCACCGCAGACGACGAAGUCAACACCCCAAUCCACACUGGCCCCUCAACCGCCGGUCUAGAAUUCAUGCUCCGCAGCGUUGCAGAGAACGUGAGCUCUCGCGCGCCCGGUUCUCAAGGCGGACUACUGAGCCAGAUGCGGGCGUUCAAUGCGCGGCUGGAAGCUGCUGCGCGGAAGCUAGAGAGCUGACCUGGCUUGCUUGACAUGUUCUUGAGUUCUUUGUCCUUGUGCUUGUUAUUGUCUUGUUGAAUACCCUGUCGCGAGUUCUUGUCUUGUCUUGUCUUGUCUUUAUUAGAGCAUAUGGGCGUGGGUUCGGAUUGAUUCUUGUGUAGUAUAUAGCUCUAGCAUUGAGACCGGGGUUAUGGCCGGUGAAUCAAAC